UGUGACCGUUACGCGAACUUAAGGCUAGGUCACAAUUGCUUACAACACAAAACAUAUUCUGGCAAAAGAAACGGAAUAGUUUACUCAAAUGUUCAAAUUCAGUACACCGUACAACAGAUCAACACAAACAAAUCUAAAGACAGAAAAACCCUAUUACAACGGUCACAACGGUGUGAGUCCUCGCUGCAAUAAUACAAAAAUACAUGCAUGUCAAAAAAAAUAUAAAAAAGCUCCGUACGAUGAUAAUCCAUUUUGUUAAAAAUACUAAAAAUUAAAAAUGGCUUAAACAGAAAAACUAAUAAAAAAGAUUCCUGACAUAGGAAUCUUCCUCAUUUCUUCCGUAACCAGCAAGAGUCCGUUACGAAUACUCUGCAUCCCGAAAGAAAGUUUAAAAAAGUCAAAAUCCAACAUUUAAAACUAAAGUCGUGAGUGAUUAAGUGUUAAUAGUACGGAAAAGUGGUAAACUAAGUAAGUAACAAAAACGAGAAGCAUCCUAAGUACACUAAUAAUUACAGAGUUAAGGGGCAAAACCCCGACUGACGCUGUUCAGACAAUAGACCGAAGCCGCGCUCUGAUCAUUGGCGGUCGUUUGGACAGGCGGGAGUUUUGAGCUGCCCAGCCAAUGGUAAAACUAUACGACUCUAAAGCGCGCCAGCUCAUGAUGAAGAAUUAGGCGCUAAUUCGGAGUUUACUCGGUGAGUUAAAAUGUUCACAAACGAAUUAAGGCUAAUUAAUACAAUACAAAAUAUUAAAAUAUAAAAUACCACCCAAUCAGGUUUUUAUAAUACAUCCGCUACAUUAAAACUAUAACUGCGAGAGGAGGAAAAACAUGCAUUGACACCACACGUACACUGUAAAACCGUUCUGUUAACCUAAGGUUCUGACCGAGGCCGAGGAGGGUCACGAACCGAUGCCAAGCUUGGCCUGAGGCAGGGUCCUCAGUCGCUAGUGCCCGACCACCGUGGGAUACCCUUAGAACACACUUACACACUCACACACAAGGCUAGGCUAAGUAGAAGAAACUUCAAACCAUAGAACUUAAAAUUAGAAAUAGAUUGGAUCCUAAUACAUACAUUUUUAUGCUCUCCAAAUAGAUCUUUACAAUAAACCAACCAUAUACCAGCGAACAACGUUUGUGAUUUCUUUUGCCAGGAUCAGUUCACUUGCGGAAAUCGACCCAAUAAGGAAAGGUGAGGAAAACGAGUCACAGCACCCAAUCAUCAUCGGUGAGUUAUGUUGUAGCAUAUAAGUCUCUGGCUGGCAACCCCUUCUAAAGUUACAUGGCGCCCAACAAAAAGUAUUACGCAAGUGAAUAAUGUUCAUGAUCAGUGAAAUCAUAUAACUCUAUAAAUUUGGAAUGCUUCGCAUAGAUUUUCAAUGAUAUUUAAUGUUUUUAAUCAUUGUAUUUUUUGUUCUAUGCUUCAUGCUAGUGCGUCGAUCAGUCAUAUUUCAUCGACCUAACAGCAUUGAAUGCGUCUCCAUAAACAACAACAAAAUCUCCUAAUAGUACCUACAGUCUGGUCCUAUUUCUUUUGUACAUGGUUUGUCUAGACGGUAUACAAGGCUAUAAGUUCGGAUAAAGUAUAUAAAAACCGAGUAAACGCGACGAUAGGAAAUUCAAGAUCAAAGGUGUGAUAGAGAUAAUAAAACGAUUAGGAAGUGCGAGUGAAUUAGCAAGUGACCUAGAAUUGAGAGGACAAUAGAAAAAAAGUACAAGAGCAGAUCAGUUAUUUUUUCACCAUCGACCGAUCAAGUGCUAAGAGUUCCGUAAAGACUGGCUUUCAACGCGCGCGGAGUGUUAAAAAAACAGAGGAGAAUGUCUCAAGAAGAGGGGGAAACUCCACAGAGGGUUAAAAGGGGCAGAAGGAAGAGGCACUCGAUGCCGCUCAAAUUCGCGGAUUCGAUCGAUCCAGCGGUAACGGGAACGGAAAAUGUAGUCGAAGGCAAUGUUCAAGCCGGCGCAGAAAAUUCGAUGCGAAAUGAAAAAUUAAACCAUAGGAAGAGGGCUUCGAUCGAAGGGACGCAUAAAAUCGCCACCAGAAGUAUAGCAGUACAAACCGCGGAAAUACGUUGUGAUAGUCAGGUGAGCGAUAGGGGCAGUAGUGAAUCAGAUGAAUAUUGUCGUGAAUACAGAGCUAGUGAAAUGUCGUUUACUAAUCAUACAAUGCCUGGAGUGGAUAGCGAGAUGAUGCCUUUAUUUUACAAUAAUUUAUACCCAGCAAACUCUUUCUGCAUGAGACGAUCGAUGCCAAUAUCAAAAUGGCCGAUAAGAUACUCUGGAAUUGAUUGUGGAAUUGGUCUCAAUUUGUUUCUCAGACAAGUAGAUUUUUUUGCCAAUUCGGAAAAUGUUUCAGAAGCUGAAUUGAAAUCUUCUUUUCACCAACUUCUUGUAGGAGCUGCUAGUCAGUGGUAUAUAGCGUAAUGGGCAACUAUUUGUCACAUGGAUUAGCAAACUUUUGUGGAAUACCUUAGAAAGGAAUUUUUGCCAUCCAAUAUUGACUAUGUGGUUAAAAGCAAAGCUAUGACAAUGUAUCAACGUCGAAAUUAAUCAUUUUCAAUGUUUCUAGUUCGAAUGGAACAAUUUUUUUUGUGCAGUACACAUCCAAUGUGUGAGAAAGAGAAGUUUGAAAUUAUUUGGAAUACCAUGCGGCAUAAGUAUCGUACUAUGCUGUCAACCAAAAAAAUCAAUUCUUUUGCUCGCUUAGAAGAACUGUGCAUCAGAAUUGAUUCAAAUGACCCUGAACUCACACAGAAAUUUGCCAAUGCCUUUGAACAAAGAAAAAAUUUUGAAUGUGAUAUUACACAGCCUUCGACAAGUAGAGCGAGAAGCUUAGACAGGGGCGAACAUUUCUCUUGCAAUGCAAGUGCUGAGCAAAACCAAAAUCUACACAAACCUAGGUACACAUCCAACCCGAAGGCAGAAAGAAGAUUUACACACUCUAAUUUCAGAAACGAUGGGGAAGGAAAAAUGAGGAAAUUUAAUAAUGAAAAACAGUGGAAAAGGAAUACGUUGAACUCAAAUGCAGUUGAACAGAAUCACGUUGCAUCGUGGAAAAAUAUGUCUCCAACAAAAAUUCGUGAAUUUUACAAAACUCCUGAAAAUACGUGCUUUAAUUGCAGAAGAAUAGGACAUCAUUUUUCCAAGUGCUUUUUUAGAAGAUCAGUGUUCUGUUAUGUUUGUGGACUUCCAGAUUUCCACUAUGAAGAUUGUCCCUUUGUGAUAAAAAAACAUGUGAUGGAGAACUUGCAAGAGGAAGUUUCUCCUGAGAUUGGAAAGCCCUCUCAGAAAACUGAAAACCAAAAGAGUGUGGUGAGUGGCGAAUACAAAAAUGAAAAACAGGAUAGGGAUGGCCAUGAAUUCAGAAAUCAUUACGAGGAAAUAAAUGAAGCGAUUGUUAGUUUAGAAUGUGACAAUAGAUAUUUUCUGAAACUAAAGAUUUUAGGGGUGGAAAUAAUGGGCUUGCUAGAUUCCGGCAGCAACAUAACCGCAAUGGGGAAUCAAUGUGGCAAUGUACUUGAGCAUUUUGGUGUCAAUAAAUUAGAUCAAGAAAUAAAUCUGAAAACUGCUAGUGGCGAGAAAUUGGAAAUUGUUGGAUUCACUGACGUUCCCCUUACAGUGCAAAACAGAACGAAAAUGUUUCCCUGCUUAAUUGUCCCCAAGUUGGGAAGUAAGUGCAUACUUGGAGUAGAUUUUUUUUGACCAUUUUAAUAUAAAAUUAACAUUGGAUGGAAACGACGAACUGGAAAAAUAUGUUUUUAGUAUUGACAAAAAUGUGCCUGAGGAAAUGAAUGAAAUUAAUAUGUUGCCUAGUGAUGAAUCUGUCUUAAACCUGAAUCAAGAACAGCAAAAUGAAUUGAACAGCAUAAAAUUAAAAUUUAAACGAGCCAAUGGUGAUGAAUACUUAGAGGCAUGUAACGUACUAGAGCAUGAAAUAGUUUUAUCAGAGGAUAGACUAUUCACUUGAAUCCACAUCCGUGGUCACCUAAAAUACAACGGGAAUUAAAUAUGGAAAUAAACAGAUUGUUAAAAACUGGAGUGAUAGAAGAGUCAAAUUCAGACUGGGCAUUACAAGUAGUCCCUGUGAAGAAAACUGAUGGGAAAGUUAGACUUUGUCUUGAUGCCCGAAAGUUAAAUCAAAUCACUGUUAGGGAUGCCUACCCUUUGUCGAAUGCGGCACGAGUUUUGAGUAAUUUACCAAAAUGCAAAUAUUUUUCUGUUAUUGAUUUGAAAGAAUCAUUUCUCCAAGUCAAUUUGAAAGAAUCGUGUCGGAAAUAUACAAGUUUUAAAAUUUUGGGGAAUGGAUUAUACCAAUUUAAACGAUUACCGUUUGGACUUAUUAAUAGCAGUGCUACGAUGAGCAAAAUAAUUGAUAAAGUGCUUAAGCAAGGGAAAUUUGAGCCAUUUAUUUUUGCUUAUCUUGAUGAUAUUAUUAUUGCGACAACCACGUUUGAGGAACAUUUAAAAUAUUUGAAUAUUCUAGCACAAUGCUUGAACGAAGCUAAUUUAUCGAUCAACUAUGAUAAGAGUAAAUUUUGUGUGAGUCGAGUGAAAUACCUGGGGUUUAUUUUGUCGGAAAAAGGCAUGCAGCCGAAUCCGGAUCUUGUUGAAGGGAUAUCAAAUUAUAAACGUCCAUCAACACCGCGCGAAAUUCGUCGUUUUAUCGGGAUGGCAGGUUAUUACCGCAAUUUUAUCCCCGAUUUCAGUGGGUUAAUUGCCCCAAUAACAGAUUUAUUGAAAGGCAAUCCUCGUAGAGUA